UUUUCAAUUUUUAAGAUGAUAGCCAAGAAACUCUACUUUUCUUGGGAAAAAAAAACAACAAUCACAAGAUUGUACAUCAAGAAUCACUAAACUCUAUCAUCAUUUUCAACAAAAAAUUAAAAAAUUGCAUUGGAAAAGAUAAAUCGGAUCUCAAUUUUUGAAAAAUUCCAACAAGCUUUCAGCAUUAUUAGGAGAUAUUAUAGUGAAAAAGAUUCAUCAUUGAUCAUUAUCACCUUUCAUCAAGUUAAUCACAAAGUUCUCUUUUCUACAUCAAAAUUGUGAUGAUGGAGGAAUCAUUUUUGUGCCAAGAGAUCAAAGAACAAUGAUUCUUGAUUUGUCAACAUAUAAUUUGAUGCCAACUUGAAAUUUGUAGAUCCAAGAAAAGUGCAUUCUUCCAACAUCUCUUAAGGCAAUUGAUAUAAGAAAUCGCACUAGGGGUGCAACCCUUACAACCAAAACAACUCUAGUGAGAGUUGCAACUAUUAAGGGGAAGCUUGUACCAAUCAUAUAAAAUAUGAUAUUUUGAUACUUUUUGAUAAUUUGUGUUUGGGACAAAAAGUUGUCCCAUGAUUUGUUGAAGGACAAAAAUUAUUCAUGUUUUUGUCUAGUCCUCUCACAUGUUUUGUUAAGUCUCCUGAUUAGUUUAUGCAUCAAAUAGAGUACAAGAAAAACUGUCUUGUCCAGUCCCUCGAUUUUCAGCAAAUCAAACGCACCCUUAUCGUGACAUAUUAGAUUUGGAUAUUGGUUGCUGCAUUUUUCUACAAGCAUUUGGAAUCUUCUUGUUUUUCUUAUUAUGGCUGGUGGACACAAACAGAAGAGGCUCAGCAAUUCAUGCAUUCUUCUCAUAGUCAUUGCAGGUAUAGAGAGGUUUGCAUUCAAAGGGGUAGCAUCAAAUUUGGUAACCUAUCUAACAGAUGUGGUGAACUUAAGCAACUCAUCAGCAGCAAAAAUGGUUAAUAGUUGGGUUGGAUUCACUUCCAUAAUGCCAUUGUUGGUGGCACCUAUUGCAGAUGCUUAUUGGGACAAAUAUUCCACCAUAAUGUCCUCAUCUUUUCUCUAUGUUAUGGGACUUGUAGCAUUGACAACAACAGCACUGGCAAGGUCAUGGCAUCACAAAAACAGAACAAUGUCUUCUUCAUUCCUUUCAUUAUCUCUUUAUUUAAUUUCAUUAGGCCAAGGUGGAUAUAAUCCAUCUCUACAAGCCUUUGGAGCCGAUCAACUUGGUGAAGAAGAUGAUUUACCUUGUGGCAAUGAUGACACAAGUAGCAACAAAAAAGCACUUUUCUUCCAAUGGUGGUAUUUUGGUGUUUGUGCUGGAAGCCUAAUGGGUGUUACAUUCAUGUCUUACAUUCAAGACACUUUUGGUUGGGUAUUAGGGUUUGCAAUACCUGCAAUUUCAAUGCUUCUUUCCAUCUUGGUUUUCUCUGGCGGAAGCUCGAUAUAUUCAUAUAAAAAACACGACGACGAUGAUGAUAAUCUUCAAGAUAAGAAGCCUUUCACGAACAUGUUUCAAACUAUAAAAGCAUCUGCAUUGAAAUGCUUCCAUUGUGAAAUUUCACUACCAAAUGACAAGUCUGAAGGUGUUGAACUCGAGCUUCAAGAGAGACCUCUUUGUCGCGAAAACUCGGAAAGCAUUAAGGUUACGAAUAAGGAUUCAAAAAUCAGCAUGUGCCUACUACCAAAUGUCAAAGUUGUGAUUAAGCUAUUGCCAAUAUGGGCAAUGCUUCUCAUGUUUGCAGUGAUUUUCCAACAACCUGCAACAUUUUUCACAAAACAAGGAAUGACAAUGAAGAGAAACAUCGGUAAGAAUUUCAAGAUACCACCAGCAACACUCCAAAGUGCUAUAACAUUGUCGAUAAUACUAUUGAUGCCGUUAUACGACAGAGUAUUUAUACCGUUUGCUCAGCUGAUAACACGACAGGAAAAAGGUAUAAACAUGAUGCAAAGGAUGGGAAUCGGAAUGGUUCUCUCAAUCAUAGCAAUGGUUAUUGCCGCUCUAGUUGAAAUGAAACGGCUCGAUAUCGGUCGGCAAAUGAGAAGUGAAGGGCUACAAGCAGAAAUAGUGCCGAUAAGCAUUUUCUGGUUGUUACCACAGUACAUUCUUCUUGGUGUUUCAGAUAUUUUCACAGUUGUUGGUAUGCAGGAAUUCUUUUAUGGUGAAGUUCCAAAGAAUAUGAGAACAGUGGGAAUUGCAUUGUAUACUAGUGUGUUUGGUGUUGGAAGCUUCGUGAGUGCAUUGUUGAUUACACUAGUUGAAGUAUACACAGAUUCUAAAGGAACACCAAGUUGGUUUUCUGAUGAUAUGGUUGAAGCACGUUUGGAUAAUUACUAUUGGCUUCUAGUUUGGUUAAGCUCAAUUAGCUUGCUGUUGUAUACACUAUUGUGUAAAUAUUACUAUAGUAAAAGUGAUUCAGAUUGUGAAACGUAAGUUUAUUUUCUUUCUGAGGUAGUUUUCAAGUGUAAUUUUGCGUAAACUUUGUUUGUUGAACUAGUUGCCCUUGUAUUAAUAUAACAGUAAUUCUAUGA